CCACAUCCGACGCCAUGACAUUGUGCUAUUGUCAGACAUGGCAAUGUGCCAUUUUGCCAUCGGGCCAUGCGUACAUACCUUAGCUAUGUGCCUGCGCUGUACUGUAUUGAGUUGGCUGUGCAUGCGGCUUGUUACGUACCUAUAUGCAUGCGCAACCCUACAAUGCCUACAUAGGCAUCUAUCCACGGUGGAAACAAAAGGCCAAAUGAGAUAUGCCGCAUUUCCAAUCCACACUUCCCCCCGCCCGGCCCGCCGUUGUCAGGUACUUGAGCAGGUAUUCCUCCCCCAGUGCCCCUUCGAUUCGAGACAAGACCAAGCACGGGCCGAUGGUGCGGGGAGAGAUGGCCCGAGGCGAUGCCCCAAACACAUCAUUGCCGUCACAAUCCUGCGUCUUCCGCUCACGCCAGUGCUCGCCACCCAUCGUAAUCGGAGCCGACAUUGGAGCAUAAGAAUCAAGCGCUGCCGCCCAUUGCAAUUAAGCCUGCUGGCAGGAAAUCCGAAUUGUCGUCGUUUGCCCUAUUCCGUCCGCUCUUCAAUCAGCUCGUCGGGUGACCCUUGUCCGCCUCCACCAACGCCAUCAUGAAUCGCGACAACAGCAAUACGCAAAACGUCAAACUCACAGGCCAAGAUGUCGCCAAGCAUGACAACAAGGACUCAUGCUGGGUCAUUGUUCAUGGUCGCGCCUACGAUGUGACCGAGUUUCUCCCUGAGCACCCUGGAGGGAGCAAGAUCAUACUCAAGUAUGCAGGCAAGGACGCGACCGAGGAAUUCGAGCCUAUACAUCCGCCCGACACCCUAGACAAGUACCUCGACAAGUCAAAACACCUGGGCGAGGUUGAUAUGAAUACCGUUGAGCACGAGGAAAAAGAGUUUGAUCCUGAGGAAGAGGAGAGGCAAAAGCGCAUCGAGACCAUGCCCAUCUUGGAGCAGUGCUACAACCUGAUGGACUUCGAGGCUGUCGCGAGGAAGACCAUGAAGAAAUCGGCAUGGGCUUAUUACUCUAGCGGUGCCGAUGACGAGAUUACUAUGCGCGAAAACCACAGUGCUUUCCACAAGAUUUGGUUUCGACCACGAGUGCUCGUUGACGUGGAAAAGGUCGAUUCCUCCACUACCAUGCUCGGAGCCAAGGUCGAUAUCCCCUUCUACAUUACCGCAACCGCUUUGGGGAAACUUGGGAAUCCCGAGGGCGAGGUCAUCCUGACAAGAGGCGCAAAGAAACACAACGUGGUACAGAUGAUCCCAACACUGGCAUCGUGCUCUUUUGAUGAAAUCGUCGAUGCCGCUGAAGAUGGCCAGGUACAAUGGCUGCAGCUCUAUGUGAACAAAGAUCGCGAAGUCACCAAGAAGAUUGUGCAGCAUGCCGAGAAGCGUGGAUGCAAGGGUCUAUUCAUCACCGUGGACGCACCGCAGCUGGGGCGUCGUGAAAAAGACAUGCGUUCCAAGUUCUCCGAUGUCGGUUCCAAUGUUCAAUCAUCAUCAGGCAACGAUGUUGAUCGAAGUCAAGGUGCUGCACGCGCCAUUUCAUCCUUUAUUGACCCCAGCCUGAGCUGGAAAGACAUCCCAUGGUUCCUGAGUAUCACGAAGAUGCCCAUCUUACUUAAGGGUGUGCAGUGUGUGGAGGACGUCAUCCGCGCUAUCGAAGCUGGCGUACACGGUGUUGUCUUGUCCAACCAUGGAGGGCGGCAACUCGAUUUUGCGCGCUCCGGCAUCGAAGUGCUUGCCGAAGUGAUGCCUGUUCUUCGCGAACGGGGUUGGCAAGAUCGGAUCGAGAUAUAUAUUGACGGCGGUGUGCGACGAGCAACCGAUAUCAUCAAAGCUGUAUGCCUAGGCGCAAAGGGAGUUGGUAUCGGUCGACCAUUCCUCUAUGCCAUGUCAGCAUACGGAUUGCCAGGUGUGGAUCGUGCGAUCCAAUUACUCAAAGACGAGAUGGAGAUGAACAUGCGAUUGAUCGGAGCCUCCAAGAUAUCUGACCUGAACCCAACUCUGGUAGACACGCGGGGCCUCAGCAUGCAUACAGCUACUGUUCCGGAAGAUACACUGGGUCGCAACGUGUAUGAUCCACUCAUUGGCCCCAAAGAAAAGGCCAAGCUAUAA